AAUACAUAGUGAGGCAAAUACGACUUCUUAAAUAGAUUAGGGGCUUCCGAGUUUACCAUAUUUUUCUUUUCUUCUCUUAACACAGCCAUCAACGUUUCUACCGGCGAAUUCAGCAAACCUUUCAGAUGAGUUCAGAAAAGCAACCACGACGACUAUCAUGCGCCCCUUACUUUGAUGCCCUCUGGUUCUGCUACUCUCCAGUCCAUCAGAUGCAGCAGUACUAUAGAGUUGGUGUCCUUGAUAAUUGUAGUCAGAAGUGGAGUGCUCUUUUUGAUUGUCUGACUUUAAAAACCAAAAGGUCUUCUGAAGUGGAGGAAAUUUUAGAAACACGUGAGAAAGCAAAGCCUCACCUGUGGUCAUUUCGAACACCAGAAGAAGCCGCGUCUCAUUGGAGAGAACUCUUUGACCAUCUUGAGGAAGAGUAAAAUCCCAAAGGCAUACCUUCUCCAGCGAUCCCUUAUUAGUUGCUAAGACCUUUUCACCAGACAUUUGCCCAAUUGAUAGGAGAAAGAUCAAAAUUUUCUACUCAUUAGAAAUAAUUCUCUUCCCAUUGGUUCAUGCUUCAAACAUGUUAUAGAGUGCAUGUUAUUAUCAAAUUAAAGAGUGGGUUUCUGAAGAGAGGCACCAGUUUAGGAAUGUUUAGUAUAGGAACUUUAUGUUGUAAAAUUCUCUUUUUUUGUUUUGUUUUUGACAGAGAUAGAAGCAGCAUGAACGAAAUUCCAACUGUGUUAACCGUUGGAGCAAGCUGACUUUCUGAUCCGGAUGAAAAUAUUGAGCUUAGCACAACAAUAUAAAGAGAGAGGACAAAGCAUUAUUCAUCUUUCUUUCUUUGAUGUUGUUUUAGUGCCUGUAUAUGAUGCUUCUGCUAAGAAGAGAGGACUCUCACUGUUUGCUGAGUGACAGAAACAAGAAAAUGUCAAUUCCAA